ACAAAAGUUAUUAAAAUUUUCUGAAUUUUAAAAACCACUUAACCACGUGCUUCCAUUAUGCCAAACUUGAUUAGUCUCUUUAGUAGGCUAUCAAGAGUCUAUGCAGUGCCUACCUCCUGGUUGAGACAGAGUUCAGAAAGUGCUCUAGUAUCUAGUAAACAGGAUGGAGUACAAAUGCAGAAUAAUUUAACUAUUUUCGCACUUGGUCAGAGAUGCAGUGAGCACAACCAAAGAAAUGCUAGCACAAAGCCUGCUUCUUCAUGUGUCAAUUUCCUUCUCAACUCAUCUGGUCUCUGUAAUGGAAGACACUAUGAAUCAGUGCUCACAAGUCAAGAGGACUUUACUAUUUAUGCCGGGAGGGGAAAGUGGAGAAGGGGCAGGUGGAAAGUUAGGAACAGAAGCUUGAAAAGAUCAAAAUAUAAAGUUCCUUUAAAUCCUCACAGACUCUAUAGAGAUUCAAAAUGCUAGAAAAAAACACUAUUAUAAUAAUUAUUUAGCAGGUGAUGUCAUAGAUCAACUAAUUUUUGCUAAUUAAUAAUAUUUAUUAUUA